CAAAAUCCGAAAACCAAUAGCCAUUGAGUCCAUUUAUAUACGGAGUUUGGUUAUAUAUAUCCAAGUGUGUUAGUUAAAAGUGGAAUAUUUAUCCAAAGAUUUAUCUAGCCACUAAGUCAUUUUAUUGUUUCCCGGUUUUUGGAAUUAAGUAAAUCACAUUAGUAUCUCUAUUAGUGUUGUUGACUAUUGAUAUCACCAAUAAUUUAUAAAAUAUUAAUAAUAUUCAAUAAAAGUUAAUAUUAAUAUUAAAUAUUGAUUUAUAAAAAAGCCAUUGCAUUGGAAAAAAAGUUUAAUAUACUAUUAGUUUUUUCAAAAUUAUCAUAAUAUACUAAUAAACAUGCUUAGAUCACAUAUAUUAAGAAACUCAAGACGUUUAAUAUCAUCAUCUUCAAGAAGAUUAGCUGAUGUUGAAGUUACCAUUGAUGGUAGAAAAGUUUCAAUUGAAGCUGGUUCUUCUAUUAUUCAAGCUGCUGAUUUAGCUGGUGUGACAAUUCCUCGUUAUUGUUUCCAUGAUAAAUUAGCUAUUGCUGGAAAUUGUAGAAUGUGUUUAGUUGAUGUUGAAAGAAUGCCAAAAUUAAUUGCAUCAUGUGCUAUGCCUGUUCAAAAUGGUAUGGUAGUUCAUACUGAUUCAGAAAGAAUUAAAAAGGCAAGAGAAGGUGUCACUGAAAUGUUAUUAGAAAAUCAUCCUUUAGAUUGUCCAGUUUGUGAUCAAGGUGGUGAAUGUGAUUUACAAGAACAAUCUCAAAGAUAUGGUUCUGAUCGUGGUAGAUUUAAAGAAUUAGUUGGUAAAAGAGCCGUUGAAAAUAAAGCCAUUGGUCCAUUGGUUAAAACUUCUAUGAACAGAUGUAUUCAUUGUACUAGAUGUGUUAGAUUUAUGAAUGAUGUAGCUGGUGCACCAGAAUUUGGUACUGCUGGAAGAGGUAAUGAUAUGCAAAUUGGUACUUAUAUAGAAAGAAAUAUUAAUUCUGAAAUGUCAGGUAAUAUUAUUGAUUUAUGUCCUGUUGGAGCUUUAACUUCAAAACCUUAUGCUUUUAGAGCAAGACCAUGGGAAUUAAAGAGAACUGAAACUAUUGAUGUUUUAGAUGCUGUUGGAUCUAAUGUCAGAGUUGAUACUAGAGGUAUUGAAGUUAUGAGAGUUUUACCAAGAUUAAAUGAUGAAGUUAAUGAAGAAUGGAUUUCUGAUAAAACUAGAUUUGCUUGUGAUGGUUUAAAGACUCAAAGAUUAACUACUCCAUUAAUCAGAAAUGGUAAUUCAUUUGAAGUUGCUACUUGGGAUGAAGCUUUAUCAACCAUUGCAUCAGCUUAUGCUAAGAUUCAACCAAAGGAUAAUGAAGUAAAAGCUAUUGCUGGUGCUUUAACUGAUGCAGAAUCAUUAGUUGCCUUAAAGGAUUUAGUUAAUAAAUUAGGUUCUGAAAAUGUUACAACUGAUGUUAAACAAGCUACUGAAGCUCAUGGAUUUGAUGUCAGAUCUAAUUAUAUCUUUAAUUCUACUAUUGAUGGUAUUGAAGAAGCUGAUCAAAUUUUAUUAAUUGGUACUAAUCCAAGACAUGAAGCUGCUGUAUUAAAUACUAGAAUUAGAAAAGUAUGGUUAAGACAAGCAGUUGAUAUUUAUUCAGUUGGUCAAGAAUUUGAAUCAACCUUUAAUUUAAAGCAUUUAGGUGUUGAUGCUAAAGCUUUACAAACUGCUCUUACAGGUGAAGUUGGUAAAAAAUUAGCUGGUGCAUCUAAACCAUUAAUUAUUGUUGGUUCAGGUAUUGCUGAUUCAGCUGAUGCUCAAUCUAUUUAUAAAUUAGUUGGAGAAUUUGCUGAUAAGAAUACUAAUUUCAAUAAUGAAGAAUGGAAUGGUGUUAACUUAUUACAUAGAGAAGCUUCAAGAGUUGGUGCAUUAGAUAUUGGAUUCCAAACAUUAUCUAGUGAAGUUGCUAAUACUAAACCUAAAUUUGUUUACUUAUUAGGUGCUGAUGAAAUUAAAAAUAAGGAUGUUCCAAAGGAUGCCUUUGUAGUUUAUCAAGGUCAUCAUGGUGAUAUUGGUGCUUCAUUUGCUGAUGUUAUCUUACCAGGUUCAGCUUAUACUGAAAAAUCAGGUACUUAUGUUAAUACUGAAGGUAGAACUCAAAUAACUCGUGCUGCAACUAAUGCUCCAGGAUCUGCUCGUGAAGAUUGGAAAAUUCUUAGAGCAUUAUCAGAAUAUUUGAAUGUUACUUUACCAUAUGAUGAUAUAGUUGCUGUAAGAACUAGAUUAGGAGAAAUUGCUCCUCAUUUAGUAAGACAUGAAGUAAUAGAACCAGUUUCAACUGAUAUAGUUAAAGUUGGUUUAUCAGGAUUAUCAUCAUUUAAUAAAUCUAGUAAAAUUACUGGUCAACCAUUAAAGAAUCCAAUUGAUAAUUUCUACUUUACCGACGUCAUAUCUAGAUCUUCUCCAACCAUGGCCAAAUGUAUAGCUUCAUUUGGUGCUAAAGUUGAUAAAAUAACUGAUGCUAAAGCUCAAAUAGACUUUUAGAUAUUAACAGAAACAAAAAAAAAGAAAAAACAAUUGCAUUAUCAUUGUCAUAUUUUUUUAUAAUUUCCCUUCCAUUUCUUUUCACUCAUAUUGUCCAAUCAUGACUCUCUUAUCUUUUUGAUACAUUAUAUAUAUUCAUUUUUCAGUAAUUUAUUAUUAGUAGUAUUAUUUUUUUAUAUAAAAAUAUUUUUGCAGUUUUGUAUGCAGCCGCUUCGUAAAAAAAAUCCCCCUAUCCCGCGGAGCUGAGUUACUCGGUGAUCUCCAUGGGGACUAAAUAAAUUAUCAUCUCAUCUCUAAAUUAUUAUAACUUAUUGCAACAAU